UUUCUAACGAUGAGUGGCAAAAAGGGUCUCGAAUUGUUGCGCAGCAUCGCUACCGUGAUGACCAAGACCAACGGGUACGAUAGAUGUUUACAGCAGCUCGUAAUGGUCAGUGGAGGCGAUGGACGAUGCACGGCCGAGUUUAAGGUGCAGGAGGAACACUUGAACCGGGCUGGUGGUUUGCACGGAGGAUAUACUGCCACUAUCGUGGACGUGGUCACUACGUACGCACUGAUGACGAAGGAAAACGCUGUCCCCGGUGUUUCGGUCGACAUUCAUGUGAGCUAUCUGAAAGGUGCCCGCCAGGGCGAUGAGGUCAUUAUCGAUGCAAGCACGGUACGGGCUGGGAGAAAUUUAGCAUUCCUCGAAUGUGAGCUGCGCCACAAGAAGGAUAACUCAAUCAUUGCCAAAGCAUCGCACACCAAAUACAUAGGAAGUAGUUAG